CGAAAAAGAUAGACUGCUUCCGACAUCUGCCUUUUACUGUGAAGAAAAGAAAUUUACUUUUUCUUGAGAUGUACAGGGUGUCAGGAACCUUAGGCUAGACCACAAAAACCUAUGGUUCCUGACAUAUCGGACAUCCUGUAGAACACUGGAAAUCCUCCCCUUCUUAAGCUGGUGGGCCGUAGAUCUUAUGAUUUCAUUCUUGUUUUGCAUUAGGAGCCGAUAGUGCCUGAGUACCGCCUGAUAAGAAAUUGUGGAUACGAAAACUGAAAGUCGAGAUGUUAUUGCGCUCUUCAUAGUGGUUCGCAGUUGGAAAGGCGCAGAGAAUGGGUAUAACUUGUCUCGGCAUUGGAAAUAUUGGCUGGCUUGCUGCCGGAGCCAUCACUGGGUACCUUGCCUAUUGCAACCUGCCUGCCUCCUGGGUACUUCCCUCAGCUGAAAAAGCAAACUUAGCAUGGGUAUCAUCUGCGAGACUAAUGAAACUGGAUGGAUCAAGCCAAGAGUUCAUGGCCAAGAGUCUAUGGGAGAAGAAUAGUGCUGUUAUCAUGGCUGAAGCUGCUGAGCUUUCCUCACUCCGUCCUCAGCUGGAUGGGAAUAAUGUCUCUUUGUAUGCUGUUGUGCAUGAAGAUUUUGGGGUAAAGGAGUUCAAGAACUACUUCAAGGGUGAUGUCUUCUUGGAUUUGGAGAAAAAGUUCUAUGGUCCCAAGGAGAGGAGAGUUCUGCUCAAGGGUUUGCUUCGCCUGUCACUAUACCAAAAAUUCUGGAAAGCAAGUCAAAAGGGCAUUGACAACAAUUUUCAAGGAGAUGGUUCUCUCAUGGGAGGUGUGUUUGUGAUUGGUGAUGGUGAAAAAGGCAUUCUGUAUGAACAUCGUGAAAUGGAAUUUGGAGAUCAUGCUGAUAUGAAAGGGGUGAUGGCAGCAGUAGAGAAAGCAAUAAAAGAGUAUGACAAUGAUGCAGAGAAGCUGGUUUCCCAGUUGUAUGUGAAUCUGACUGAAGAUGAAGAACUGGAUUUAGAGGAGCGUGACUUGAGAGUCAGGAUUCAGGAGCUUCUACGCUAUAGGAGGAAUGGGAUAACAAGUCAAUUAGAAUGCAUUGAAUAUGAAGCACUGCGAUACAGGCGGCAACUUCGCAAAGAGAAACAAGGGAAGAAGCAGCUGAGCAUGUUUCCCUUUCAUCCAGGAGGACUCAUCCUCUCUCCAAGAAUCGAACAUCAACAGCAACAACAGCAAUCACCACAGCACCAUCCCCCACCCACUCUCUCCACUCCUCACAAGAAAGUGAAGGAUGAGAAUUCACUAAGGAAGAGGCUGGGUAGUCCCAAAGAUGCUCAAAUGAAAGUGGUGUCCAUAGUGGGGAACAUUGGAACUGGGAAGUCUCACACAUUGAAUAAAGCCUUCUUUGAUGGGACCGAGGUUUUCCCAACGUCUGACUCUCAAGAGCCUGGUACCCGAGGUGCAAGAGCAGCUUACUCUGCAAAACUUCAGGCCGUGGUUUUCGACACUGAAGGGUUGAUUGGAGCAUCUUCACGGGACUUUCAAAAGAUGCGCCUCUCUUUCAAGCUGCUGUCACAGAAGUUUGCUUACCAAUUGUCAGAUGCAAAUAGACUCUCCUUUCCAGAUGCUCAUUUAGUGUGCCAGGGGAACAGCACAGUGGUUCAGGGCACUCACAAUGCUGCCAGGCAGGUCCUGGACAGUGUGAACAGUCUUUCUGAGACUAUAAAUAAUUGGAGCCUGACUCCAGCAAAAGUGAUGUCAUCAUGGGUCUCUGACAAAUUGGCUCCUGCAUACUGGAGACCAAAUGCUGACAUCAUGCAAUGUUAUGGUUGCAACUGUGUGUUUGAGACCAAUGAUACAAAGCAUCAUUGCCGGUCAUGUGGAGAAGGAUUCUGUGAUGAAUGUUCAAGCAAUAAGCGCCCUGUGCCUGAACGAGGUUGGGGCCAUGUCCCUGUCCGAGUCUGUGAUCAGUGCUAUGUCAAAGGCCCAGAGUUUUCAUACUCUGCUGGUGAAGUGGAAAAUGAAAACACAGCAAGACGUGUUACUGAAGCUUUGGGAUCCACUCUUGCAAAUUUCACAUCUGCAAUUGACUAUCCUUUGGCACUGCUGAAAGAUUCUAUCCGGCCAGCAUACUGGGUGCCAGACUACAAAAUUACAUGUUGUUGUAUCUGCAAAAUGGAAUUUGGAGAGAAACUGAUCUUGCAUCAUUGUCGAUCAUGUGGGAGAGGUGUUUGUGAUCCUUGCUCUCCUAAACGUGUUCCUGUCCCUUUGCGGGGCUGGGAUCAUCCUGUGCGUGUGUGUAGAGAUUGUACCCUUGUACUCCUUUCUGAUACCAUUGAUUCUCAACAAGACACUAGCUGAUUUUCUUCUGAUAUUCAGAGUCAGUACAACACCAUGACUAGGUAUGAUAGUUAUAAGGGGGAGUUCUGGAUUAUGUCAAGUCUCCAUAACUGUAGCUGUCAGCAUUUACCCUGCACAAGGAAGUUUGUCCAGAAAGCAUGGGAACAUAAAAUCCCUUCAUUUUUUUGACAUUUUGAAUAUAAUUUUAUUGACUUUCUGAUCCCAUUACUAGGCUAUAGGGUUUGCUUUUGGAAACAGGAAUUAUUUAGUUACCAUGAUGCACCCCUCUCUCUACUUUUUGCAUUCCAAGGGAUGAAGUCCUCUUACUUUGCAAAGGUCUGUAUUUCGUGAAUCCCCUUAUGAGAGGUAGCCAUCAAUAUAAUAAAGUCUUCCUGUAAUGAUGUCCUAUCAACAGUAUGUGAUGAAGAUAGAUUUGAGUUAUUCUUCGAUUUCCUUUUCCAUUGUUCCCAGUCCUAGUCCAGUUCACAGUGAUGCCACCUCUUUUCUUGUCAUUUUCAAUCCUCAUGUUCAACUGUUUGCCUUAUAUGCUUUAUUAUGAGAG